AUGUCGGCAACACAGAAAAUCGCAGUCCACUCCCUCGCCGACCUCAAGAACACGACCGACGACGCCCUUCCCAACUACCUCAACAGCCUCAAGUUCAAGCAGAUCCACACACAGACCGAUGUGCGGUUAGUCCUCGGCUACACGGCCGUCACCAUCGCCGGCGCACUCUUCUACUACGACUGGAAGUUCGGCUGGGAGGCCAGCAAGCCCUACACACUGCCUGCUGUCGUCGCAUACUUUCUGUUGAAUACCGCAUUCAGCUAUUGGCUAUGGUUCGUGGAGAAGGGUGUAGUGUAUGAGGGAGAGGGCAAGACAGGCCGGGUGAGGAUAUCGUCCUCCACAAAGAAGCACAUCCCAAUCUACGAGUGCGACGUCGUCUUCACACCCGCCCCAUACGCCUCGAAUCCCAAACAAACGAUCCACAUCCGCGCGCCCCUGACCCGGUGGUUUACCUCGGAUGGCUACUUUGUCGCGAAACCCUUCCAGCAAUGGCUCGCUUCUGAAGUGCCCGUGAUCGGCGCUGCGGACCCCAACAACGUGGUAGAGGAGAUUGGUCGCGGAAGUGCGGGCAUGGACCAGACGAUGAACCUGAACAGCUCGAAUGCGGUGGACAUCUUGCAGCAGCUCAAAGCAAGUGGUGCCAAGUUCGCGAGUGGAGAUGCUCAGAGAAGGCGGUAG